UACUGCACAGUCCUUGGCCAUUCAGCACUGACCUGGUCCUGGGGUUCUACCAGGGUCGUAGUCUUUGUGUCGGUGAGCCAUUGUCCAGGCGGGAACACUGUCCUUCCCAUGAUACAAUCGAGAUGACAACAUCACUACUCAGAUACCAAGUUGUCACUUGGUCUGAAUCUUUGAGAGAAUUGAAGCCUUGGAAUAAUAUACAGUGAAAUACAGAUUAUUCAAAUCUGCUCUUGGACAGACACAGUCUUCCCUUUCCUCAAGGGUUCACUACUUUUCCAGGCAAACCCAAAGGGAAUGUGUACCAGCCAACCGCACAUUAACAUCCCGGAAAUGAUUUGGAAGAAACGGGAAAAACAGGCUUUGACGAAGGAAGAAAUCCACUACUUUGUGAGAGGCGUAACAGAGGGAAGUAUCCAAGACAGCCAGAUUGGGGCUAUGCUGAUGGCAAUUCGUCUACAGGGAAUGACACGGGAGGAAGCAGUGAAUCUGACCCAGGAGAUGAAAGUGUCUGGUGCUAUCCUGCAAUGGCCAAAGGAGUGGUCUGGGUUGGUAGUUGACAAGCAUUCGACAGGAGGAGUCGGGGACAAGGUCAGCCUCAUUCUUGCACCAGCAUUGGCUGCAUGCGGUUGCAAGGUUCCAAUGAUCAGUGGCCGAGGCUUGGGCCACACUGGGGGCACGCUGGACAAACUGGAAUCCAUCCCAGGAUUCAACAUUAAGAAGAAUCCAGAAGAGAUGAAGACUAUCUUGUCUGAGGUUGGUUGUUGUAUUGUCGGACAGACAGCUGAGCUGGUGCCAGCUGAUAAGAAGCUUUAUGCGAUCAGGGAUGUGACAUCGACAGUGGACAGUCUGCCCCUCAUAGCAGCCUCCAUAAUAUCAAAGAAAGCAGUGGAGUCCCUUAAUGGUCUGAUUCUGGAUGUGAAAUUUGGAGAGGGAGCUUUGUUCAAGGAGAUCAAUGGAGCAAGAGAGCUGGCACAUUACUUGGUAGAUAUUGGAAAUCGCUUGGGAAUUCAAACACUUGCUGCUCUCUCCAGGAUGGAUAAUCCCAUCGGGAGGUGUGUUGGGAACUCUUUAGAAGUCUUGGAAUCCAUUGAAUGCCUGAAGGGAAAUGGGCCCAAGGACUUGGAGGAACUGGUCACCUGCUUAGGAGGCCACCUGCUACAUUUGUGUGGAAAGGCUGAGAGCGUCAAGGUUGGAGAAAAGGCCAUCAAAGAUGUGUUGAAAAAUUGCAGUGCCCUGGACAAGUUCCAAGCCAUGCUGGUAGCCCAGGGAGUGACAGCUGGCUUGGCCAAGGACUUGUGUCAGGGGAAAGAGGUCCUUAAACGUGCAGAGAAACAGGAAGAACUGAAGGCUGAGGCUGAAGGGGUAGUCCAGGCGAUCCACUCUCUGCCUUUAGCUAAGGUAGUGCAUGAACUAGGCGCAGGACGCAAUCAUCCUGAGGAGUCAAUCAACUGGAGUGUUGGUAUAGAACUUCUGAAAACCGUGGGUAACAAGAUUAACAAAGGGGAUUCCUGGAUUAGGGUCCAUUUUGAAGACAAUUCCCUCAGUGAAGGACAGAAGAUUAGUCUCCAGAAAUCACUGGUCGUCGGAGAAAAGGUUGAAGAUGUUCCCUUGGUUACUGAGAUCAUUGGAGCACAGGGACAGAAAAAACACAAAUGUGCGGUUUAAGUGACAAACAAAGUAAGAGCACAGUGAGACCCAGGCUCACGAUUCUUAGACUGCAAUGGCUCUGGAAGAAGUUCCAACAUCUUCUCAAGUGGCAUCUAUGAACAGGGAAUAAAUUCUGGACAUUCUCGUUUCAUCAAUACCUUGAGAAUUAAUAUCAAACAGGAAUGUUCUGCAGAAAAAUGCAAAAAUGCAAGAAAUAAAACAAAAUGUCAUAUGGGGCCCUUACGCCUAUUCUGCUAUUCAAUAAGAUCAUGUACUCCUACUUUCCACCCCCCACCGGUGAUCCAACUCGUAUUCCCUCAUUCCCAGAGUGCACAAAAUCUAAUGUUCACAGUUCUGAGUUUACACAUCCAUUGAACAUUCAAAGCCCCCCCCCCCUCACCCCGGGGUAGAGAGUUUUAAUUCAAUGAGUGAAGAAAUUUCUCAUCAUCUUCAUUCUUUCUGUGGCUUCCAGAUUCUAGAUUCUUCGGUCAGCCCCUCAGCAUUUCACAGGACAAGUUCUCUAAUCAAUUUGUAUGUCUCAAAUUGAUUGUUUCUCAUUCAGGAAAAAAAGGCCCAUGCUUCUCAAAUUUUCCCCAGACAAAAAUCACCUACUUCCCACAAAUGAAGUUGGUGCACAAUCUGGAUUUCUGGGUGGCCAGUCAGUCAUUUCUACAGCGUGGAUGGGAACUGUAGACUGGGAGCCUGGGGAAUUCCUCACAUAGCAAACUAUCCAAAAAAUUGAAGAUUUCAAUGGGCACCUUCCUGGAAUUCUCCAAAAGUAGUCAUUUAAAUUGGACAAUCUGGAGGGUUCAGUUGCAGUUAAGUAACCAGGAAAGAUUAGACUAUUACAUACCUAGACUGACUCUUCAAUAACUAUUAAACAGAUCACAAAACAUAUGACAUAUAUUGCUAAGUGAAGCCCACCCAGAUCCUUAAACCCUAUACAACCUUUCAAGUACAUCCCACUGACCUCCAAUGCAAUUUAUGUUAAAUUAGUUUUAUUUACUCCUGUGUUAAACUCUGUCCUUUUGUAAUUGUUGAAGUGAAUCUUGGAUAUCUGUAGUUUUGAUAUCCAAAAUAGGAUUAGAUAUACAGUAAAGCUCCCUUGACUCUGUUCCCAUUAAACGCUCUCAGGCUGGUACAGCAAGGGGUUAGAUAGAGCAAAUCUCUCCCCACUGCCCCCAAACACACCGAAGGGGUACAUCAUGACGUUAGAGGCAGAAUAAGUGUUCCACAGUCUGAUCAAUUUCUUGCUUCCACCAGUUCCUGUAGCAGAGAUAUUUCUACUUCCUGCUCCUUUGAGACCAGGACUGCCUGGUUAGGUUUGAAGUAAAGUUCCACAUUUCCGAAGGAUCAAAGUCUCCUGCCAGAAAUGUGGGUGCACUUUCUUAACAUAGAAAUGUCGGAGUGGGAUGACAAUCUGACUGUGAUUAGAGCUCCUUGGAAAAUCUGUUCCAUUAUUCCAGGUGUGCUCUCACCAAAGCCCCAUAUAUAAUUACAGCAACAGUUCCUUCCCGAAGUAAUUUGAACUGGAGGUUAACUUAGCAUUUGCAUUUAUAAUGUCUCACUUUAUCUGCAUCAUAACUUUAUGAUUCAUGUACAAAGGUACCCAAAUUCUUCUAAAUAUCAACAUUUAUUAAUCUCUCAUCUUUUAACAAUUAUUUUGUUUUUCUGUUCUUCCUACAAAAGUGGACAAUUAAAUAUUGCCCUACUUCAUUUAUCACCUUUUCACCUACUGGUUUUAUCAGUCUAAGUCCCUUUGCAAAUAACCUUACAUCCUCUGCACAACUUACUUUUCCACUCUGUAUCAUAAAACUUGGAUAGACUUCAAGAGCAAAAUACCAAGGAUGCUGGAAAGCUGAUAUAAAAAGAGGAAAAUUGCAGGGAGCCAAAACAUCACUGACAGAUUUUCACUUUUGGAUCAGGAACCUGAUAUCAGGAUAACUUAUGACUCCUGACCCCAUACAGCAGUAGCAGGUUUUGAAUGAAAGUCUAUUAGUGGGCAGAAGGUAUGUUCAUUAACGAAUUAAGAAUGACAGGCAGAAUUUGGAAGCCGGAGAACAAACUCAGGAUCUUCCAGCAGUCAAAACACUGCAGUCUGUGAUGCAAGUCAGGGAGACAGAUAGUGCCACUAGAAGGAAGCAUCCUGUCAGCACAUUUGACAAACUUCUAAAGAAGAAAUUGCUGCAGAUGUUGGAAUGGUACCAUCGUGGGAGAACCUGCUCAUGGGCCAACCAUGUAGGUAAAUAGUUUGGAGAGAGUCCAAUCAUGGCUGGGUUUGUGGGAAUAUACAGGAAGAAUUAGCUUGAAUGGAGUGAAUAACCUUUCUCAUUACGUUGUCUCUGUAUAUCUUCCACAAAAUCUCAUUAAAGCAAACAAUCCUAAUGCAUGAAUCCAGAAGAUACUGAAUUAAAAGCAUCAUCACAUCUCAACUUUGCCUGUCAUCAACCAAUUUCCAGUAGACAUGCUGGAUGGCCCUCCUGGGUCUGAAUACCGUGACAAGUAUAGACCCCAAAAGAGCCACGUUUCAGGUCACACCUGCUGUUGCACAUACCCAUGAAGCCUUGAAAUGUUGCUGUGGUUACAUUUGAUUAAUCUUAUCUGCCCUUGUGCUUCUUGUUAAACACUCAACUAUUUGUCUCUAGGAUUGGUGUCAGUUUGCUUUUCUAUCUAUUAAGCCUUUUUGUUUGUUUUGCACAUAAAGGGGCAAAGAGUAGUUCUGAAAGUUCAGUCAGCAUAUUUUUAAUCAUAUGAUCAAAAACAUGACAAGGCUUUGUGAUCAGUUCCUUAUUUAUACAAUUAGAUGAUAAGUUACCUUAAUCUGUUACAUACUGAUGUGUUUAGUUAUAGAGUGAAUGGUUAGCAUAAACCAAAAUUACAUACAGGUAAAUGCAGCUAACAUACAGGCAACCAGUAAGAGUAACUAGCAUAAUCCACGGGCUGAUACCUGCAUUUGUCGGAGGAUGUGCUAUUCAGGAAAAUAUCAAUCCAAAGGUCACUGGAGAAUUGGAAAAGAUGUCAUUCGCACUAUGUUGUCUGCUAGAAGCUGCUUUGGCAUUUUAGCUCACUUUACAGCCCUCAUGGGCAAAGCCAAGUGCUGCAAAUGUUUCCAUUAGCUUUGACGGAGUUCCCAUAAAAUAUUCAAUGCCAUAUAUCUGAAGGUUGCAUCAGAAAAUGCAGCUAAGCCAGGGUGACUGGAAACCAUGACUCUGGGCUGGUUUGAGCUGCCUGUCACACUCAAACCAUUCAACCCAUUUUAUGAAACAUUAGGUUAAAGACAAACUGAAAUUUGUCAUAUCCUGGGAAUGUUCCCACUCUCACUUCUAUAACUUCUGCUAGUAAGCAGCUUGAACUGGGGAAGAAUUCUGAUGUUCAGUUGUGGGUUUAUUCAUAAUUAUUUCAACGGAUACUAUACCUGGUGAUAGGAGAGUGGUUUCUUGUUAGAAGUUUGGGACUGGAGAGCGCACUGCAUAAUAAUAAAUCCAUCAGUCCUGUGUAUGUUUCCACUGAAAGCAAUCCAGCUGGCACCUUGAUUCCCAUGGAAGCACAUUCCUCUAAUUUACUAUCUUCUACUGAAACCCACCUUUGAAGUAGCCUAAUUAUCCCCACUCCCCACCAGCCCAUCCCCACACAAACCCAAGUGCCCAUUCCACCUAAUAUGCUAAUUGUCCCAUGAAAGCCCAUCUCUCUGGUAUUUUAACUUCCUGAUUAAAGUCCAUCUAUCUCAUACCCUAACUCCUCUAUUGAAUCCCAUUAUGCAAAUACCUUAACUCUUGCAUUAGAGAUAGUUCUUUUGGAACCCAAAGUCGCCCAAUAAACUUGAUCCUCAACCCAUUCCACUGAAGCCCAUCCCUUUGGGAAAUUAAUUCUCUCAUAACAGUUAUAAAUGAAUCUUUGAA